AAAAGCGUGAAGACUAUUAGGGGCUAUCUAAAAAUAUUUUAUUACCUUUAACAGCUUAUGUGGAUUUUGCAAUAAUUUCACUAGAAUUUGCCAUUAAUUUAUAAAUAUUCAGUUUCAUUUUGUACCCUUCUUUGAGAUUUGAUUUAUACUAUGUAGUCACAAAUACUUUUUUAUUUUAGAUGGCCAACAUACCUGAAGUAUGGAACAGUUAAAAAUGCAGCAUGCUGAAAUAAUCAAGUUGGGUAUGGCAAGCCUGUUGAGUGACACAGACCUGGCUGAUGUGAACCUUACGGUCAAUGGGCGUGUGUUCUCGCGUCACAGGGCGGUGCUGGUGGCCGUGUCCCCGUACUUCCGCACCAUGUUCACUGGCAGUCUGCUUGAGGCCACAACACAUCAGACUGACAUUACUCUGCAGGAUCUAGAUGACAGCACAUUCAGUCAGUUCCGUCAGUUUGCCUACACAGGUCACCUGGAGAUGGAGAAGGUAGAACAGGUGGACAUGUUGGAAAUGGCAGCGAUCUUCCAGGUUGACUGUUUACAAGCAACAUGCGAGGGUCUGCUUCUGAAGCAGCUGAAGGCACCAAACUGCAUACAAAUGUUUCGACUGGCAUGCAUGUACAACUGCCAAGAUCUCAAGUCUAAAUCCUGGCAGGUGGUAUUAGACCACUUUUGCAAUAUUUGGCAGAGCGAGGAUUUUGUCAAACUCUCUCUGGAGGAAAUUAUCGAAAUCGUGAAAGAGGACCGACUAUUUACCCUGGAUGAGGAGCAUGUGUGUGAAGCAGUUCUCCGAUGGAUUGACCAUGAUUCCGAUUCUAGGCAGAAAUACGCCCUGAAGCUGUUCAGUCACGUGAGGUUGCCUCAUGUGAGGUCAAAGUUUAUCGUGCACAAGUUGUGUCAGGUGUCUUACCUCGUGGAGAACGUGCAUUGUCGUCGACUUCUAGACGAGGCACAGCACUUUCACAUGAUGUCUGCCCGACAGAUGGAUUACAGCGGGCCGAGAAUGAAAUACAGGGUGGAUGAUGAUUAUGAUGAAGUUUUAUUGGUAUUAAAAGAGAACAAGAAAGACAAGGGCUCAUUCUACGAAGGUGGAUACUGCCUCUGGGCCCUAAACUACCAGCAGUGCAGAUGGUUUACCCUGGCCCCAAUACCCAUAAAUGACUCCCCAGGGACACAUUUUGCCAUUUGUUCCUAUGGCUACGAUCUGUUCUUAUCUGCAGGAACUAACAACCCAAAGUCUCUGUUGCGAUACGAAAGCGAGAGAAAUGAAUGGACAACAAGCACAGGUCAGCUAAGGAAGAUGAGAACACACCACACUAUGGUUUCUCUUGGCAAUGCCCUUUAUUGCAUCGGCAGUCUGAGACAAUACCGUCCAAUCGAUUCGAUUGAGGAAUACAGUAUACUGGGUCACCGUUGGUUACCGGUGGGAGAACUAGUCUAUUCGGCGACCUCGGCCGUUUCCGGUGAACAGGUGCUUGUUUUCGGCGGUAUCGGUAAACACGGGCAUAAAAUUAGCAAUGUUCAGGAUUAUCACGUGCGGCAUAAAGAACCGACGGUGAUUUCUCAGCUACCGUUCAUUUCUAAACAAUUUCACGCUUUGACUAUUGGGAAAGAUAUAUGUCUGCUGUCGUUGGAACGCGAAAAAGAGCAUGUUUUGAAACUGACGUCGGAUUUCGGUUUUGUUGACGCGGGCUUUUAUUUUUCACUUGACAAGAAAGUAUUGGGUGUAGCGCAUCAUGAGAAUAAUUCAAUGAUUUUAACAGAGGAUGAAUCGACGAAAGGUUACCUCGGUGAUGUGAUAAAGGUGAAUACAAAAGCAUCUCAGGUCGAGUCAUUGGCAAUGGGAGGCAAACCGACGCCGAAACCAUUUCACGCCUGUCACAGACUUAGUCGGAAGAACGACGUAUUUAUGAGAACUACGUCAUUCUUCGGAAGCUUCCCGAAGCAAGUCUCGCGUUCGUUGGUAAAUGUUCGGAUAUCGUAGCCGGAAAUUCACAUUGAAUACAUUGUGACAAAAGAAA